AUGUGGGCGAUACUCCUUCUAGCGACAACUGUCCUCGCCGAGGAUGUCUGCAAGCAACGAUGUGAUCGAAUAUACCAACGAUCUUUAGCGAGGGUCGGCUUUGAUGAUGACAAACUGAAUCGUCUUCUGGAAACUCAACGGCCACUGGGAACACUGCGUGAUGUUUGCUGGAGGAUAUAUGACAAUUUGGACUGUAUGAAACAGUGCGAUCAAACAACUCAGGAACAUGAGGAAUUCGCCAAUAAUGAAUUGACAACGGUGAUCAACUACUUGGAAUCUAGUAAUGAAGUUACCCGUCCAAUGAUAGCCACCACUAUCUCGACAAUCUCACAGGAAAAAAAGGAGUUUACAUCGCUUCUGGAAGAGCUUCUGGAAGAUCCACUGAUGAGUUCUUCAAAACAGCCGACCAUUCCGAAAGCAGCCGCUACGGACACUACGGAGACGCAACAACAGUCCUACAGCAAGAAGAUGUCAAAGUCAUCGAGUACGAGUACUUCCACCACCACCACGUCAGCACCAACGAAAACCUCAAGUACUGUCUUGGAGAGGCCAACAAAUCGACCCUCUAUUACGGCUACCAAUUCCGCUCAGUCGACCGACUCCACAGAUCUCGUUGAUGACGAUGAUGGCGACUAUGGCGAUUACGAAGCAGACAUCGCGGCUGGGAACCUCCCUGAAGAAGCAGCCAUUGACGAGGGUGACGAGAUAUCCGAGGCAUCAUCGACAGCGAGAAAUCGAGUGUUCUCCGAAGACAGCUGGGAAUUUACGCCACCAAAUUUCCGUUACUCAUCAAUGAGAAACGGUGGAGUCACACCGUUGAGCAUCGACACUUCCACCCUGUUCGGUAUGGACGACGAUGAUGACGAAGAUGCUGGAGAUGGUAAUGAGGGAAAACUACCGACUGAAGUGCCAUCAGCAGCAGAUGCAAGAAAAUUGAAAGGAAUCACUAGAAAUUCAGCCACAAAAUUGGUUGCGGGUAAAAUGGCUAGUAAACCACCAAUUGAGAGAAUCAGAAUCACAAAAAAGAAGCCAACAACAUCGGUCAAAGGGACUACCCGAAAAGUGGUAACCACUGUAAGCAAGGAAAAAGGCUAUUCUUCGAUCAACUACAACGAUUUACCGUUUACCAGAAGCCAGUUUACAACAACGCCAUCCCCAAGCACACCACCGGAAAAGAAUCUUCUAGUUGCGGGUGAAGAGAAUGAUGCCUGGGAAAUAGGGCACGAUACAGUAAGUGAGCUACCAUCAUUGAAUUUACCCACCGAAUCGAGCCUAAACCAGCCCUCUUCCAUGAGCGCUGAAACAAUCUCUACAGACCCUGAUGCUCUCCCAGAGGAGGUGACCCGCCGUCCCUCAGAGGAAGAAGCACAGGCAGAGAAACCUGUUGACAGCAGGCAAUCUUACAAGGAAGUAGAGAAGCAUAAAGUAUUGCCAGUCGAUUCUAGGCAGCUUGAACAUAAUCAGGAAUCACAGCCAUCAAGUUCGAGGAGGACCAGUCAGACAACUACUAAACCUAGGAGACCGAAGAUUGGAAUUGAAAAGUAG